GGUGGGCUGUGCAUCGAAAUCCCUUCGGAGGCGAGUACAACAAUCGCGCUGGUGAGAGUUUUUUAGGGACACUGAGGACGCGUUGGACUUUUUCCCCUCUCUCUCUCUCUCUCUCUCACAAUCGACACACAACGAGGAGGGGGGAGAGGGAUAAAGAUGGGCGUCAAAUUCCUGUGGGAUUCGUUUUAAGGCUGUGGCACCGGUAAUUGAGCCCGAUGACUCACUUCAAACAACUUAGGAACAACUUGUUUAAAGGAGGGCUGCCCCAUUUUCCUCUGUGUAAUCUUAUUCUGCUCCAAGUUUUUUCGCACAGUCCAGCAGCCUAUGAAAAGAAAUAAUGCGAGUUACGCGCAGUUGAUUCCUCCAAGAAGCCACCCCUAUCCUCACAUGCCAGUCUGUCUGACUUUGGAACCUAUAUUAUUGCCAGACUCCGACCGCAGACCAAGGGAGGAGGAGGAGGACUUCGAUGGAAAAUCAUGCAGCACUUUGAACCCAUGGAGACAUGGCACAUAGGUUCCUUUCAUCUGCGAACAGAUUCAGCGCGAGAUUCGCCUUCAUAUUCACUGUGUCACUGUCUUGCACCUAUUUAUGCUAUAGUAUCAUUUUUUGUCGCAGCACAAUCAUGACAAACCAGGGUUAUGAGGGGAAGAGGUGCCCGCCGAGCAAGAACGCGGGAGGGAAGAAACUUCUUGGAAAUGUAGACAAUUGCGCGUCGCUGGAAGUCAGGUCCGCUCUGGAUGAGACUGCUGCCCAACGAGGAUCGGGUGGUCCCCGCGACCAAAGUAAAGCCCCUGCCUCGUCUGGGAGUCACUGGGCUGACGUGAAGUUGAGAAACAUGAGCGUGGCGCAGAAAUAUGGGAAUAAGAAGCUGCCAAACGCAUUAAUAGUCGGGGUAAAGAAAGGAGGCACUAGGGCGGUGCUGGAGUUCAUCCGGAUACAUCCAGAUGUGCGCGCACUCGGAACAGAGCCGCACUUUUUCGACAGGAACUACGACAGAGGGCUGGACUGGUACAGGGGACUAAUGCCACGGACACUAGACAGCCAGAUCACAUUAGAGAAGACUCCCAGCUACUUUGUCACCAGAGAGGCACCGAAGCGUAUCUCCAGCAUGUCCCAUGAGACCAAGCUGAUCGUUGUGGUGCGCAACCCAGUCACAAGAGCCAUCUCUGACUACACACAGACUCUUUCCAAGAAGCCAGACAUCCCCACAUUUGAAGAUCUGGCCUUUAAGAACAGAAGCUUAGGUCUCGUCGACACCUCCUGGAAUGCCAUUCGGAUCGGGAUGUACAUACUGCACCUGGAGAACUGGCUGCAGUACUUUCGGCUGUCGCAGAUGCACUUUGUGAGUGGGGAGCGGCUGAUCACUGAUCCGGCGGGGGAGAUGGGCCGUGUUCAGGACUUCUUAGGACUGAAACGGAUAAUCACAGACAAGCACUUCUACUUUAAUCGAACCAAAGGCUUCCCCUGUCUGAAAAAGCCAGAGAGCAGCAGCCAGCCACGCUGCCUCGGCAAAUCCAAGGGUAGGACUCACGUGCAGAUCGACCAGGAAGUCAUAGAGCAGCUGCAAGAGUUUUAUAGGCCAUUUAAUGUCAAGUUCUAUGAAACUGUGGGACAAGACUUCAAGUGGGAUUAAAUGUGCCAUACAGAAACAGUGCUGCUUUUAAAAUGGCUACCUCUAGAGACAUAGAGACAAAAUAUAAAUGAGGGUAUCGUCAACAAAAUGUUCAAAGUCCAUUGAACUAUGUAGUAAAUUGACAAGCUUAAUAUAAAAGAAUAGACAACUCAGACAGCAAAAUAUAAUAAUAUAAAUGAUUUGUUCUGGAUUUCUGCUGGGUUAUCCUGAUGAUAAGUGCCAUUUCUUUAAAACAUAUAUAUGAAAUAUAUAGACAGAGACCCCUUUUCUUUACUAUAUACAGGACAUGACAUAUGACUUCAUCAACAAGUAGCCAGUAUUAAGUCAUUUACCAAUUCAUUAACCAGCAACCACCAACACCAGACCUACAUUAAUGAUACAGCUUUGAAUAGUCAUUACCUAGAUUGCUUAUUUAUUCAUCAUUUCUACUCAGAAUAAACCACCAGCUUUACAGUUGAAAAAUCAGCUCUCGACAUGAAGUCACAACAAAAUGUCAAAUGAAUAAUAAAAUCACUCUGUCAAUUAUUAUGCACAGAAAUUUUUCUCCUUAUUGUUGACAAAAGCUCAUGGGCAACAGUGACAAAUUUAUUGAAUAAAUGUACUGUAACUGAGAAGAAAAAAAACAACAGCUAUAUCAAGACAGAUGCUAUAACACUGGUAAAAGUUAACAGUUUGUUGAACUCUACUUCAGCUUUUUCUGUGUCAGUAUUUUUGUUGUGAUCAUCAAAAUAAAAGGCAAAAGUGUUAAAUUCAA